UUCUGUGAUUUAUAAUCAAUGAUUUGUAUCUUAUGAAGAAUUAGUUUAUCACUAAGAGGUCGAAAUUAUAUUAGUUUGAACUAGUAAGUCGAUUUUGAUGAAACCCACCUUAGAUGUAAAUAUAUCGAUUCCCGCCAUAGCAGCAGCAGUUGGGGGGGGGGGGGGAGUUCACGUGUACUCUGAAACAAGAAAAAACCGGUAUCUUAUCUAGUUUUAAAGAAUAAUAUUUACGAAAGGGUUUUUAAACUUUGUUUAUUUGGAUUUGUAUAGUUAUGACUUGGCUGUUAUGAAUUAACUAGUUUUUGUUUUGUUUUGAUUAUUUAAAAGUGAAUAACGUGUAAGUAAACGAUCACCAAUUUACAGUGAAGUUUAUCAAGUUUAACUGUGCGUGAACAAUUUUUUAACGUUGUAUAUCAAUGUUGUCCCUUCAGAGUAAAAAAUAUGAGCAGCAUAUUGCUUAGUUAUGGAGACGCACUAAUCCGACAGUCUGAUCUGGAGUUGUUGUUGUCGAAAGGAUGGAUCAACGACCAGUUAAUCGGGUUCUAUCUGGAGUACUUGCAGGAGGAGAAGUAUAAAACCAACCCGGAGAUUCUUCUAGUUGGGGCGGAAGUUGGUCAGAUUAUAAAAUUAGUUGACAAAACAGAAGUUCCCGGGAUUCUUGAACCUCUGGGGUUUUCAACUAAAGAUCUUGUUCUCUUUCCUGUGAACAGUUUAAAUAAUCCUGAGGUUGCAGGUGGGAGUCAUUGGAGCCUACUAGUUUACUGUAAGAGUGGAGAGAAGUUCUAUCAUUUUGAUUCUGCUUCUAGUUUCAACAAAACCGAAGCUGAAGGUUUAGCCAAGAACUUGGGCAAACUUACACUAAGAGAUGAAGUCCGUGUAAUCGAAUCCUCGUGUCUUCAGCAGAAGAACGGAUAUGAUUGCGGAGUAUUUCUACUCAGAAACCUGGAGAAUAUAACAGAUCACUUUAUAGCUCACAAAUCCGUUGAAUCCGUCCCGAUUUUAAGCGAAGAGAGUGUAAACAGUUUUCGUCAAUACUUACAUGAUUUAAUAUUAGCAUUGCGGAGUUAAUUUCAG